AAUUCCAAACAAAUACGAAAUUAACAAAAACUCACUAAACUCCAAAAUGACCAAAAAGAUUCUAAUGGUUUGCAUGGGCAAUAUUUGUCGUUCACCCAUAGCAGAGGCCGUAAUGGCGAAAAUUAUUCAGCAAAACAAAGCAGCUGCUGCGACAGACGAAUGGUUCAUUGAUAGUGCGGCCUUGGUGGGUUACCAUUCAGGUUCACUGCCCGAUGAAAGAGCAUUAAAUGUCUUGAAAAGACAUGGUAUUACAUACGAUAAGGAAGCACGAGUGAUAAAAACUGAAGAUUUCCAAGAAUUUGAUUACAUAGUAUUUGGCAUGGAUCCUGGUAAUGUGGCAGAAUUAAAGAGAAGGGCUCCGGUGGGGGCGAAAGCUCAAAUUUUAUUAUUGGGUGAUUAUGGCUUAAAGGACGAUGAAAAGAUUAUACACGAUCCUUAUUAUUUUUUAGGCGAAGAACCCUUUGAAAUUGUCUACCAACAAUGCCAACAAGCUUGUGAGGCCUUUUUGCAAACACUUCUUUAAAAAAAACAAAUGUUUUUAAUUUUUCACUAAAAUCUAUAAAUUACUUAAAUCUAGCACACACUUUUCUUUAAUUUUAAACACUUUUUAUGAAAUAAACGAAAGAAAACUAUGUAUUAAAGAGAAAACAAGCUAAAAAUCCGCCGCCAUAAUUUAAACUUUUCUAGGC